AUGUUUCGCUUUAUUCUCUUACUGCUGCUGCACUCUGUUGUGGCAACUGUGACCGAGCCAAGUCUCUACAGUGCCGAGGACAACGUCAAAAUAUUGAACAACGACACGUUGGAGCUGCAGUUGUAUAGUCCGCAUAGCUGCAAACUUGUGCAGUUCAUCAACUAUUUCUGCGGCGACUGUCGUCGCUUUGCAGGCACAUAUAAGCAGUUGGCCUGGAAAUUGUACGGAUGGCAACGCGUACUCUCGAUCUAUGUGGUGGACUGUGCGCAGGAGCGGAAUGUGAAAAUCUGUCGUGACUUUGACAUACGAAAAACCCCAACACUGCGUUUAUAUCCACCCGCUUUUCAGCGAACUGAGCAGAAACUUGGCUUCCAGUUGGACACACUUGUGCCAGAUGAUAUUUUGGUCCAGCUGGCCGAAUUUGUAGGCAAGGUGAAGUAUACAGCGUUUGACCAGCCUAAUUUUGAGCCACUAACUGCUGAGGAUACUAAAAAAACGCUGCUUAAUCAUUGUACUACUACUGGCAUAAAGUAUAUUGUGCUGGUCCACCAGCCAGAGGGCUCAACAUUGGGCCGAGACACAAUUCUGGGCCUACUGACUUGGCCAAUUGUAGCUGUGCGCAUACUGAGCGAUCGGCGGCUGUUUGAUAACUUUGGCUUAAGCUCCACCAGUGACUCUUUGAUUAUUAUGGAUUGUCUGGGAAAAUCCUUUAGCCUACAGCCGCAAAAUGAUAGCAGCACAGCCUAUGUGACCAGUGUGCAGAAGUAUCUACAGUCCAAGGCCUACACAGCAUUGUUGCCUCAUUCAACCACGACUGCGCCAAAUGUUACCUCAUAUCUCGUAGAUGAGGAACAAGCGGCAAUUCUUGCAACUGUUCUGCAAGGAGCACCAAAAAUAUAUCGUGCCGAUUUGGAGCAGGCAAUUGACAAGCUGCUCCACAUAGAGCUGCCUAAAGUGCGUGUUUUUGCAGGCGAAAGUCUCUUUGCUCUGAGGCAGUUGCUCAAUGUUAUGCACCGUUUUAGUCCUUUAAACCGCAGCGGAAAUAUAUUGCUGGCACGUCUGUAUGAAUUUGUAAAUGGCUUCGGCGGCGACGAGCUGAGUGGCUUUGCCUUUCAGGCACAGGUGCAAUUGUUGGAGAGCAUGCUGCCAAAGGUAUUCAAGGCCAAGCGAUAUGUGGGCUGCAUUGCAUCGGGUCCUUUUCUGCGCGGCUUCACCUGUUCGCUAUGGACGCUCUUUCACUAUCUCACCGUGCAGACGGCCAGGUCGCCCGUUUUGCCAGCGGGCUUUGUUUUGGGCACCAUUCACGGCUUUGUCAGGCAAUUUUUUGGAUGCAAGGAUUGUGUCCAGCAUUUCCUGGGCAUGGCAGAGCGUCGCAGAAUUUUCUCAGUGGCCAGCCGGGACGAGGAAAUCCUUUGGCUUUGGGAGGCACACAAUGAGGUGAAUCAACGCUUAGCUGGCGAUUCCACCGAAGAUCCCAAAUUUCCGAAAAUACAAUUUCCCAGUCGCACUAUUUGCGACAAAUGUCAAAUGCUCACGCCUCAAAACACGACUUGGAGGCGGCCAGAGGUGUUGGAGUUUCUUACGCGUCUCUACGCUGUCAAAAACUUGAGCAAUUACGGUUUACCCACCGCAAUUGGUUACGAGUGA